CUUUCCUUAAUAUUUUGAAAUAAAAACAAGUUGUAAUAUUUUGAAAUAAAAACAAGUAGUAAUGUUUGAUUUUUAUCAGUCGAAGCCUGUUUUUUCGUUUCUUGUGUUUUUGUUUGGUCUGUAAGAUCUGCCAAUUUUGAAGUUGCUGUUUUCAAGUGAUUAAACUGCUGUUAGGGGAGGCCACCAUGGAUAUUGCCAAUCAGUUGCAGAGACAGUUUAUGGACUACUCUACAUCACUGCAUCGUGAGGGAUUUGUGGAUGAUCAGUUCACUCAGCUCCAAAAACUGCAAGAUGAAAACAGCCCUGAUUUUGUGGUUGAGGUUGCCUCUCUUUUCUUUGAAGAUUGUGAGAAGCUUAUUAACAAUAUGGCCAGAGCUCUAGAGCAACAACAAGGUGUGGAUUUCAAGCAAGUAGACGCUAGCGUCCAUCAGCUAAAGGGUAGUAGUUCCAGCAUAGGUGCAAUGAGAGUUAAAAAUGUAUGCAUUGCCUUCCGAAGUUUUUGUGAGGCUCAAAACCGUGAAGGAUGUUUGAGAUGCCUGCAACAGGUGACUCAUGAAUACUCCCUACUGAAGAACAAACUUCAAACCUUAUUCAGGCUGGAGAAACAAAUCCUUGCUGCUGGUGGAUCCAUUCCAAUAGUGGAAUAAAUAACAUUCAUAUCAUCCUUGUGGUGGAACAAAGGGGGAGUAAAAAGUUGGCAUUGUAGAUACUUCUUUCUAAUGAGGUUUUGUAGUUUAAAUUGUAACCAAGUUAAACUAUUGAAGGAUUUUGCUUAGAUUUGUGUAUAAAGCGUGGAUGAAUUAGAAUAAUGCUUUGAAUAAAUAUUUUUAGCUUUCUGCAGCAUAAGCAUAUAUGUGGUAGUUUUCUUUGUUGUUCAAUGUUGAAAAUUUCAUGUUAAUUUGACCAAUCAAUG